GUAGUCUUGGCCUUCGUCACCUUUGUUAGCACCGGCUCCCCAUUCUUCAGCAUCAUCUUCUUCGUCAUCGUCUUCCUCACCUUCAGCAUCAUCAUGUCCUUCUCCUGCUUCUUGUUCGCCUUCUCCUUCGGCUUCAGCGGCUUCUUCCUCACCUUCUCCUUCAUCUUCCUCUUCGUUGAGUUCUCUGUGCAUGAAGAGAUCGACCAUUUCGUCCCACUCUUGGUCUCUGGAAAGAGUUCCUCUGAGAUAGAGGACCUCUCUGGCGAGGAGCCAAAACACGGCGGCGACAGCUUCUUUACCCUUGUUGUUACAUGGAAUAGCAAUAUCGACGUUAGUAGUUGGGCAAUCAGUGUCGCACAAAGCGAUGGUGACAAUGUUCAUGUAGGUAGACUCCUUCAAACAUCCUCCGUCGGUCAUUGGGUCAGCGACGAUCAAAAGUCUUGGCUCGAUGAACUUCUUGGUAAUUUGAUUGGUCAAGGAUCCGGAUACCCAUUGGGAGGCAAUUGACUCGCACUUGGUAUGUUGAGAGUAUUUAAUGAUACCUCUGUGAGCAAUUUCUCUGUUGGUAACACACAAUACAUCAUUUGAGUUUUGGAUAGAUGCGAUAACUCUAGCAGCUAGCAUAAUUUUCUCCCAAGUCUUUUGGACAUUGUGGUAGUAAACACCUUCAUCGUUGGUUCCAUAAGUAUAUUCCUUCAUCAUAUGGUUAACAUUCUUGGUACCAACAUAUGCCUUUGAUGCGAGGAGUAAUGCGAUAUCUUCCUUAUAAGUUCUUGAGUAUGGAUACAAAUCUGACAUUUUUUGGGAUGUUAUAA